AUGCAUUUCCACCCCAUUUCCUGCGCGCGCUGUCGCAAGUUCAAGCGCAAAUGCACCCGAGAGCUGCCUGUGUGCAGCCGAUGCCGCCGCCUCGGCUUCGACUGUGGCUAUCCACCUUCGCGACGGCGACCGGCCGACAUUAGAAAUGCUGCCAUCGUUUCGAAUCCCCCACGCCACGAACAGAUCAGACCCGUCACUGGAUCGCUGAUUCGAAAUGGCCAGCUCACCUCGCAGAGUAGUGGGCUGGCUUUGCUGGAUGUAUACUUUUCGGUGUUCAUGCCGUCCACUAUUAUCUUCCACCAGCCCCAUGUCAAGCAGCGGUAUCUGCAAGGGAAUAUCCCGACAUAUGCCCUCGACUCCAUCCUCGCCAUGGCUGCCUUCUUCUCCGGUUGCUCCAAAACGCCACGCCCGAUCGGAGCGCCACCGAUAAAUGUUCCGGGAGAAGACUGGGCGACCUGUGCAAGUGCUCUCGCUGCAAACCAACCUGGUACUCCGACACUGGACGUGGUCAAGACCUUUUACAACGUUGCAGCAUACUGGUGUGCAGUGGGAAAUGCACAGAAAUACCAGGAACAUGCUGAUAUUGCCUUUCAGCUGGCCAAGUCUUUGGCCUCGCAAUACCCGACUGUCACUGGACCCGAAUCGCGUGAGGUCCGAAAGUCUUGUCUGUGGAUCAUCGUGGCCUGUCAAUGUCUUUCGAAUGAGGAAUCCUUGAUAGCCCGUCGUCAACCUGCUAAAGGAUUCGAAAGUCAACAUUCUUCUGGCCUGAAGCGAGAGGAUGCCCUCAGACUUCCUGGAGGAAACCCAUCAGAUCUAGUCCAUCGGGAGAUUAUGGAAUUUGCAAAGCUUUGCCUCGAGGCCAGACAACUAGUCUACGGUAUCAACGAAGCGUCCGACGUCGGCAUGAAAUGGGCAGCACUCUUCAAUUUCGAGCACAAAAUACGCAGCCGUCAUGAAUUCCUCAUAUCAACAAUACAAAACUACGAUGGCAACGACGGACGGGACGGAUCGAAUCGCCCUGAAAUCAUCGCUCUCAAGGCUCUGUACUACAUGAGUCGUAUCAUGCCAUACCUGGGAUUACUGAUCUUGAUAGGCAAGCAAAGUGUUCCAUCACAAGAGCACAUGAAUUUCUGUGCUCAAGUUGCAGUCCAAGGCGUAAAUGAUUUUGGGGAUAUGAUGACAAAAUUCAUGGCAACGGAAAAUGCCCCCAUCGCUGCUGUUCCACCCUUUGUGGCAUACAGCGCAUUUCUUUCUCUGAAUAUAUCGCUCGGUUACAUGGCACUGGUUGAAACUCGUGGUAUUUCUAGCGGUGGCUGCUUUUAUCUGCUGAAAUCAAGAGUUCUCUCCAGUGUCAUCCUCCUCGACCAUCUUCGUCACUACUGGGCUCCAAUCAAGAAAAUGUGGGAAGAAUUAAGGCCAGCGUUUGAAAAUGCCAACAUUACAAAUGCCGACAUCCAGUCACACAUUGAGGCACUGAAAAAGCAAUCACCAUCGCUUCCCUUGAAGCAGCCACGUCUUUCCUAUGCGACCGACCGUCAAUUAGAGGCCUCGAUGAUUACGAACCUCUCGCAGGUUAUGAGUUUUACUACCCUGGUUGACCCCGCCUAUAUCACAGUGGGCAUUUUUCGCCCAUUUCCCAUUGGAAAGCAGACAAGUCCAGCUCCAAUCAACCGUACCCCUCCACCGGCAAAGCUGACAGAAUCGCCACAAAUAACACACUCUUCACCUCGAGAUGCGUCACAUCCCAAAACCGGUCGAGGGGCCACCCCUGCAGCCAACAAUAGUGGGCAUGAGAUACCCGGGUGGGAUCUAGACGUCGAUCCGGCGACUUUUAUAGGAAUGAUGCAAAUGGUUUUGCUUGAUGGGUUUGACGUGUUGUGCAACUGA